AGGUUAGUGUUUGUGCCACGUGGACAGAAUGGGCAACGGGUCACUCAGGUGCCCGUCGUGUCCCACUUUAACCCGUCAGAUGUGAUAGAUAACAUGAAUUACGAGGAAUUGAUGCAGCGAUUUCCCCCUCAGGUGGGACGGGCAGCGAAUCGUUGGCUUAUUCACGCGCUACCCACCGAAACGCUGUCGAAAGCUGCUAUCGCCAAACUGGAAGAGGGCUCUCAAAACUGUUGUAUAUGUUUGGAAGACUUCAAAGCAGGAGAGAAAAUGAAGAGAUUACCUUGUCUACAUACGUACCACGACCACUGCAUAGAUGAAUGGCUAUCAAGGAGAGGGACUUGCCCCGUUUGUAAACAUGCACUGGAAUAGCCCGGUGGGGGGCUGGAGCCAUGGUUGACUGUCUUCAGAGGGUCUGUCGGUGUGACAUUUAUAAAACUCCUCUUACGAACACAUGCCCAUUCGUCGGAAAUACAAUUUUCAGGCCCUGUCCAUUUGUCCAUAAUUCUGAACGGACGUCAAUUGGACGACCGCACGAAUAUUUACCCCCUCGUCUCAAGAGUGGCGUUACACAGUACCUACUAGUCCACUGACUAUUUACACUGAUUGGAGUUUGGACUGUGGGUGAGUGGACUCUCAACUAGGUAGAAAAGCAUAGCCUUCUAAAUCAUACAAGACGAAGGCUAUGAAGAAGGCCAGGAGAAAAGAGAAAUAUUCAAUAUUGAUUUUUAGUAAAAAAUGUAUUGGACCAUAGCGGCAUAUUUAGGGCUAGGCUUCUUUUAGAGGGGACGAUAGGCCUACGCCCUUUGGCCCCACAUCCCAUGCCCUGUCGUUGGGCCCACCACCAGUGGGCCGGUGGGGUCGUGAAAAUUCCGUUCCGCACACUCGCACAUUCGUUCAGAUGUCUUGGACUUGCAUCUGCAAUACUAAUAAAUACCUCUAUGAAGUAUGGAGUAUGGAGUAUGUACUAUGGACUAUGUAUGAGACUCUUUUAACUUUUAAAUCUGCGAGUGAAAAUAAAAC